AGAUCGACUGGGCCGUGUUGGAUUGGGAAUGCCUGGCUUCAUUGUGCUGCACAAUCGAUUUACCUUGCAGAGAUGGCUACGCUGUCAUCACCUCUAAGAGUCUGUAGAGGAAUAUUAAAAGAAUUACGGGCCCUACAUGGACCAAGUUACAAAGAGUCAUUGGCUUACGGCUAUGUUAUGGAUCAGUUUCGUAAGAAUAAGGUAACAGGAGAAAGGUACUGCCGUGCCCAGCAGGAGGCACACCAUGCUUCACAAACAUACCUGUGUUUGCUGGCUUCCACCAGGAACCACCUGGCCUUGCACAACCUGUACCAUGGCAAGGGGGAGCGUAGCCCAGAAGAGGUUGCUAGCCUUGUAGGGCUUCGAUUGCCUACACAGCCGGGAGGAAAAGGCUGGGAGAAGUGAGGACGUGAAGGUCCAGCAGAAACUCCAGAAAUUACAUGUGUGUGUGGCUUAUUCGUCCAGCCUCAUGCAGUUAAUGUAAUGUUUUUGAAACUCUGAAAACAUAACUAUUUGGCAGGAGUCUGGCAACCUGGUGAUUGUGUCACUAUGGACUGUGGGAACUUGAAGUUGACUUUUUUUUUUUAUCUGUUCUUGUUGAAGUGAAGGAUGUGUAAAUAUUAAAUAAAAACAUACACUAUGAUUGUUGGUGAUUUACUGCUGUCUGCAGCUUUUAUUUGUCUUUAGUGCUUAAAAAUAAAAAUAUCUGUUAUUACAUUUUCAUUUAUGAUUGAAGUAUAAAUCACAGUAUUUUAAGGAAUGCAUUUACACAUAACAUCAGUAAACACCUGUUUCAUGUAUUAAGUAUACUAGAAAUUUAAUUUAUCUGUUGGUGAACAUCAUGGCUAUUUAACUCGGUCCCUCAAGGGGCCACUGUCCUGCACUGUCCAGUUGUUGGAUCAAUUUAAUUUGAAUCAGGUGUGUUUGAGCGGGGAAGCAUCUAAAACCUGCAGGACAGUACCUCUCAAGGUACUGAGCUGAAUAGCCCUGGUGUACAUCUGUGUGCUGACAGGUGAAAGUAAAUGUGAAGCAUGUUUUAAAAUUAGAUGUUGGUCAGCAGGAAUGAGAAGCCAUGGGCUUGAUGAUUGUCACAACUGUUUUCAGUCUUAUGCAAGAACAUUUGCAAAGCAGCCCAUUUAACUAGCUUUUCUAUUUUAAGCAAAUAAUUAUUUAAGAGGUAUUUAAUUAGGAAAGCCACACAAACAGCUUAGUAUAUUUUGCAGUAGGUUUUUUUUAAGUUAAACGUUUUUUUUU